AUGGACAAGACGCUGUGUAGUAGCACCAGCACCAGCACCAGCACCAGCACCAGUCCGCACCAUCACGCCAGGACACCCGCGUCUGAUCGGGGCAAAGGAGGCAGCGGCAGAGGACAAUCCCCUCUCUCCGGGGGCUUCAGUGUCCUCCACGGGAACAGCAUGAAUCCACAACCACCACAGCAGCAGCAGCAGCAGCAGCAGCAGCAGCAGCAGCAGCAGCAGCAGCAGCAGCAGCAGCAGCAGCAGCAGCAGCAGCAGCAGCAGCAGCAGCAGCAGCAGCAGAGGACACAGCAGGAGGGAGUGCUCAGCAAAUACACCAAUCUGAUCCAAGGCUGGCAGAACAGGUAG